UGGUUAUUCGUGUUGGUCGUUGAGGUUGUGCUCAGAAUAACCAAAUUUUUUACUUAUAAAUAAAAAAAACGUCGUGCACAUUUAUUUAAUCUGAACAAUAUUUAUAAGAAGAAAAAUGAAAGGAGCUAAAGCUCUAUUUUUAUUAGGUUUAGUAACUUUUGUUUUUGCAAAAGAAGAGACACAGAAAGAAGAUAUUGGGACUGUCAUUGGAAUUGACUUAGGCACAACAUAUUCUUGUGUUGGAGUUUAUAAAAAUGGAAGAACAGAAAUUAUAGCCAAUGAUCAAGGAAAUAGAAUUACACCUUCCUAUGUGGCAUUUACUGUUGAUGGUGAACGUUUAAUUGGAGAUGCUGCAAAGAAUCAGUUGACUACAAAUCCUGAGAAUACAGUUUUUGAUGCUAAACGAUUAAUUGGUAGAGAAUGGUCAGAUCCCACUGUGCAACGUGAUAUCAAGUUCUUCCCAUUUAAUGUAAUUGAAAAAAAUAAUAAACCACAUAUAAAAGUGGUCAUCAAUGGUGAAGAGAAAGUAUUUGCACCUGAAGAAAUUUCUGCUAUGGUGCUUGGUAAAAUGAAGGAAACAGCAGAAGCAUACUUGGGUAAAAAAGUUACUCAUGCUGUUGUCACUGUACCUGCCUAUUUCAAUGAUGCACAAAGACAAGCUACUAAAGAUGCAGGCACUAUUUCUGGACUUGUUGUCAUGAGAAUUAUUAAUGAACCUACUGCUGCUGCAAUUGCUUAUGGUUUAGAUAAAAAGGAUGGAGAAAAAAAUGUGUUAGUUUUUGAUCUGGGUGGUGGUACUUUUGAUGUCAGUUUGCUUACAAUUGAUAAUGGGGUGUUUGAAGUGGUAGCAACAAAUGGUGAUACUCAUUUGGGUGGUGAAGAUUUUGAUCAACGUGUGAUGGAUCAUUUUACAAAACUAUACAAGAAGAAGAAAGGCAAGGAUAUUCGUAAGGAUAAUAGAGCUUUACAAAAAUUACGUCGCGAAGUUGAGAAAGCUAAAAGGGCACUCAGUGUUAGCCAUCAAGUAAGAAUUGAAAUUGAAUCAUUCUUUGAAGGUGAAGAUUUUUCUGAAACUUUGACACGUGCCAAAUUUGAAGAGUUGAACAUGGAUCUUUUCCGUAGUACCUUGAAACCUGUACAGAAAGUUUUAGAUGAUUCUGAUAUGAAUAAGAAAGAUGUAGAUGAAAUCGUACUUGUUGGAGGUUCUACUAGAAUUCCUAAAGUUCAACAAUUAGUUAAGGAAUUUUUUGGUGGUAAAGAAUUAUCGCGAGGUAUUAAUCCUGAUGAAGCUGUCGCGUAUGGUGCUGCUGUACAAGCAGGUGUCCUUUCUGGGGAACAAGAUACAGAUGCUAUUGUACUUUUGGAUGUCAAUCCACUUACUAUGGGCAUUGAAACUGUUGGAGGUGUAAUGACUAAACUUAUUCCAAGGAAUACUGUGAUUCCAACCAAGAAGUCACAAAUUUUCUCUACUGCGUCAGAUAACCAACAUACAGUAACCAUUCAAGUAUAUGAAGGUGAACGUCCUAUGACAAAAGACAAUCAUCUUCUUGGAAAAUUUGAUCUUACUGGCAUUCCACCAGCACCGCGAGGAAUACCACAAAUUGAAGUUACCUUCGAAAUUGAUGCGAAUGGUAUUCUUCAAGUAUCUGCUGAGGAUAAAGGAACCGGAAAUCGGGAAAAAAUUGUUAUUACCAAUGAUCAGAAUCGCCUUACUCCUGAUGAUAUAGAAAGGAUGAUAAAAGAUGCAGAGAAAUUUGCGGAUGACGAUAAGAAAUUAAAAGAACGAGUAGAAGCACGUAACGAACUCGAAUCAUAUGCAUAUUCUUUGAAAAAUCAACUGGCAGAUAAGGAGAAACUUGGUUCAAAAGUUAGCGAUUCCGAUAAAACCAAGAUGGAAGAAGCUAUUGAAGAAAAAAUUAAAUGGUUAGAAGAAAAUGCAGAUACUGAUCCAGAAGAAUAUAUGAAACAAAAGAAAGAGCUUACAGAUAUCGUUCAGCCCAUUAUUGCUAAAUUAUAUCAGGGUGCAGGUGGUGGAGUCCCACAAACUGGUGGAGAUGAUGAAGAUCUAAAAGACGAACUUUAACUACAAAACGAUCAGUACUUAUAUUCGUCCUAAUUUAGACUGAAUUAACAGUCUCAUGCAAAUGUGCAGAGAUUAAUAGGUCGUUGAUACGUCGAAUAUAAAAGACUGAUCGACGAACGUCUGUUAUUCAUUAAGUUUCGCCAGAAGUAAACAAUACACGGCUGUGGAGAUUACUCUGUGUAUUAUUCUGUAGUGUAUUUGUCAUAAGUCAUCUUGAUCUUCUUGAUAAAAAAAAACAUCUAAUGGAAGAAAUUUUAUUACUGAAAGUAGCUUCACUAGUUUUCAAAUAAGACUCUGCGCGUUAAUUUAUUUUAAUUAAUUAUUUUAUAUGUUUCGUUACAUAUAAUCGAAUAAGUAGUUGCGUUACUUUACAAACUUUGUAAUGUGUGUGCGAAUUAGAGUGAAUGUGCAUGUAUGAUUUGCAUAUAUUACUGCCCGUAGAAAAACUAUAUCGUACUGUGUACAAUAUAGUUAUUCUGUGUGAAUGGUUGUCAUAUGUAUCAGUAUCACGAAAAUAAACAUUU